AUGUUUACUGCAAAAAAACUACUUUGGGUGCUAAAAGAACAUGGACAGUCUUGGGAUGGCGCUUAUUUUCGUGACACUAUCCUUCGACAACAGGUGAUCCCACUUCUUCGUGAUUCGUCCAAUGUUCUCGAUACGAACGAAGUGAUAUUUCUUCACGACAAGGCACCUUGUAUGAAAGCGAAUGCAACACAACAUCUUUUAGAAGAUGAGAAUGUGAAUUUCUGGGGAAAUUCAAUUUGGCCAGGCAAUAGUCCUGACAUGAAUCCUGCAGAAAAUAUUGGUGCAAUUAUUAAAGAUAAAGUUGAGGAACUAAUGGCAAAUGAAGAUCGUCGUAGCAGAUACAAUUACGAUGCACUGAAAACGAAUUUGGAGAAUACGCUCAAAGAUCUUGAAAAUGAUACAGAUCUUUUUAUUGACUUGUUAUGCUCGAUGCGAAAAAGAUUUGAUGCUCUCAAGGCUGCUGAUGGGGGUCAUACGAAGUUCUGA